AAAGAAAGUGAAACAGAGAGUAGCGCUGCAGAGGAUGGAGGAGGACAGUGCACAUGUUCCUCCUAUACACAGUUAAAUGUAAAUGCUUCUUUUCCCAACUGGAUUGCUGCUAUCUCGCUGUGUGCACUGCACAGCUCAUACGCCACCUACUGCAUACCCGAGCGGACCGUCGGGCGAAGCUAUCAGCGUUUUCAUGCCUUCACCAGGGCUGGUCUGAGAGAGAAUCUUUUUAUUAUUUAUUUUUCUAUGGAACCAACCAGUUGCUCGGACAGCAGCAGCCGCUAGGGAGACACGGAGCCCGGGCAGCAGCAGCCGCAAAGGAGACACGGAACCCGGGAAGCAGCCGCUAAAGAGGCAAGGAGUCCGGCCAGCUGCAGCAGCCGCUAAGGGGACACAGAUCCCGGGCAGCAGCCGCUAAAGAGGCAAGGAGUCAGUCCGGCCAGCUGCAGCAGCCGCUAAGGGGACACAGAUCCCGGGCAGCAGCCGCUAGCACUGGAGCCGCACAGGAUGGAACGCGGCAAUAGCCACAAGAGGGAGAAGGAAUGCGACGACAAAUGCCCCAGCAGCGAGGACGGGAUCCCGGGCAGCACGAACUGCAAAUCGCCACUGGUCACCCUGAACGUAGGCGGCUACCUUUACAUCACACAGCGGCAAACGCUGGCCAAGUACCCCGACUCGUACCUGGAGGGGGUGAUGAGCAGGAGGAUAUUCUGCCCCAUAGACGCGGACGGACACUACUUCAUAGACAGGGACGGACUACUGUUCCGGCACGUUCUGAACUUUCUCCGGAAUGGGGAACUCUUGCUGCCAGAGGGCUUCCAGGAGAACCACCUGCUGGCACACGAAGCGGAUUUCUUCAAGCUGAAGGCGCUGAACGAGGCAGUGAGAGCCCGCUGGGAGCGGGAGCAGCAGGCGGCCCGGGAGACCACCUUCCUGGAGAUCACAGACAACCACGACCGCUCCCAGGGGCUGCGGAUCUUCUGCAAUGCCCCAGACUUCAUAGCCAAAAUCAAGGCUCGCAUCGUGCUGGUGUCCAAGAGCCGUCUGGACGGCUUCCCCGAGGAGUUCUGCAUCUCCUCCAACGUCAUCCAGUUCAAGUAUUUCAUCAAGUCGGAGAACGGCACCCGGCUGGUGCUGAAGGAGGACAACACUUUUGUCUGCACCCUGGAGACGCUGAAGUUUGAGGCCAUUAUGAUGGCCCUGAAGUGCGGCUUCAGGCUGCUGACCAGCCUGGACUGCUCCAAGGGCUCCAUCGUGCAGAGCGAUGCGCUUCAUUUUAUCAAGUAACUGCGUUAUCGCCAGAUAGUGGGCGGCGAGCAGCCAGCUCCCCCAUAGCACAGCAGCAGUCGCAGCCUGAGCAGUAGCCGGGAGCAGGACAUCAGCCCCCUUGUCUAUGGUGUACCAGGCUCAGGCUAGCUCCAUAAGAACAUGGGUAUUCCACAAUGCGGGUGUUACAUGUAUGUGUAUGCACAGUACAUGGAUGGUUGAGGCGAUUGCCCGAGAUGUGAUCUCCAUGCCUUCAUACAGCACAAUGAACAGGGAAUAUGAAGGAACCUUCUUCCGUCUACAGUAUUAUGUGAUCACGGUCUGGUCUAACCAGACACUGAAGAUGCAUCUGAGGGAUAUUUGCUUUUCACAGAUGCAGAGCUUUUUUUUUCUAAAAAUGGUUUUCUAGAGAUGAUUCAUUUAUAAGUAAUUUUCUGUGCAUGAAUUUCCAGGGUCCUAAAAUGUGACUGUUACACUGCAUGUUUACACUGAGGUUACCCGAGGUAAGCUCCAAGUAGAUGCAGAGCUGAAACCGUAAUGGCUGGUUUAUGCAGAUAAAGGGGCCAGUUGUAGGAAAUUUGUAUUUGUUUUGGACUUAGAAUAAGUAAUGGAACUGCCAUUCAGCUGUUGUUGGAGCUAGAAGGACUGCCAUGUGUAAGGGACUUGUCCCACACCAGUCCUUAAGUCACAGGCGUACUGUAUGUUUUGCACUAUUACAGAGAUAAAAAAAUAUGUUUGACAA